UCAAAAUGGCGACUUUGAGGAGCGUGCGAAGUUUGUUUACGAAUUCUCUAAACUCAAUGCGCUAUGUUGUAUUUGGUUCACAGGGAAUGAGAUGGUGUCAUCACAAAAAUAAUGGUAGUGAUGGUGAUGAUGUGAUAUCUGGAACAAAUGACCAUUCAAAAAUGAAGGACGAGAAGGAGAAUGAAGAUAUGAAUGAUUACACAUCUGAUGAGGAUUCUGACGAAGGGCUUGAUGAUGAGAGCAUUCGCGAGCGAAUCUUGACCGCUGCCCUGCAAUUUGUCCCUGAAUAUGGUUGGACCAGUCAGGCCAUAGCUGAAGGUGCAAAGAUUGAGGGAUUCUCUGGCAUGGCUGAGGGAAUGUUCCAGCGAGAAGGUGGAGAUCUAGUGUUGCAUUUCAUAAAUACGUGCAAUCUUGAUCUUGGCGACUAUCUCCUUGGCCACUCUAGGACGGAGGAAGAAAACAAAAAACACAUUGGUCAAAGUGACUUUAUCAAAAAUGCUGUUGAGGUUCGUCUCAGAAUGAUAAUACCGUACAUCGACACAUGGCCUCAGGCAAUGUCUUUAAUGGCCUACCCAUCAAACGCUGUUGAUGCCUUGCAAAGUGUUGCAAACAUGACAGAUGAUAUCUGGUAUCAUGCAAAUGACACUUCAACAGAUAUAAACUGGUAUACAAAAAGGACAUCAUUGGCUGCUAUCUAUGGUGUAACAGAAUUGUACAUGUUGCAAGACAGAUCUGAAGAUUUUCAGGACACUUGGAUGUUUUUAGAUCGUAGAUUUCAGGACAUCAAAACCACUAUCAAUAUGAGGCAAAAUUGCAUCAAAGCUGGCGAGGAUGUUGGAAAUCUUGCAUGCUCUGCAUUGACUCUGGUCCGAAAUAUCACUGGAUUCAAUAAAUGGAAUCGUUAAGGUAACAUUGCUUGUAUCAUCACUUUUGAAGAAACAUGUUGGGAGUUGUGUUUCCCUCAAGCUAAUUUUUUGCUGAUGAAAUUUUCAAGUUCUCUUAAAAGUACAUUUAAAUUGGUGGUCAUAUUUAGCUAAUUGGUGUCAUUGUGCAUAAGAAUUGUUGUCAUUGGUAAGAACUGGU